AUGGAAUUUGGUGAAAAUUUUAGUUCUCAUUUUCAUUAUCCUAAAUCCUCAUUGACAGCUAUAGAGAGGUUUUUGAAGCAAGAAAAUAACCAUUCUAAUGGCUUCACUCUUUCUUUCUCUACUUCUAAUUCAUCCCUCGAUGAUCAUUCUAACAACAUGGAAUUAUCAGCUUUGAUGCAUCAUGAUAAAAGUAAGGUAUCAAGAAAGAAGGCAUUGAAAAAUAGCUCAUUUGUUCCUCUUAUCAAAGGCCAGUGGACCGAAGAAGAAGAUAGGGUACUUUUGAAAUUGGUGAGACAAUAUGGAGAUAGGAAAUGGGCACAAAUUGCAGAGAAGGUGGUCGGAAGGGCUGGGAAACAGUGUCGUGAGAGAUGGAAUAAUCAUUUGAGGCCUGAUAUUAAGAAAGACGGUUGGAGCAAAGAAGAAGAAGUAAUGUUGAUUGAGGCUCACAUGAAGAUUGGCAAUAGAUGGGCAGAGAUUGCCAAACAAAUUCCGGGAAGAACCGAGAAUUCGAUAAAGAAUCAUUGGAACGCGACAAAGAGAAGACAAAAUUCAAGAAGGAAUGUGAGAAAAUCAUCGCAAAAAGUUCAAAUCAAAGCCCAAAAGCCAACUAUUCUUCAAGAUUAUAUAAAAAGAAGCAAUCUUGAUAAUAGUGUGAUCGGUUCACAAAUUGGCAAUGUAAACUCUGUCGAUUCAUUGGGUAUGACCAAUAUAAUAUCGACCCAUUCGCCAGUUGACGAUGAAAACCUGUCAGGGCUAAUAAUGAAGGAAACAUACAAUGAUGAACUUAAUUUCAUGAUCAAGUUUUUCAGCGAUAAAAAUGGUCAUGAUAUGAACCGUACGACCCAAAAAGUUCAAGAACUAGAAAACACCACCAAUACUCAUAUGUCAUCGGAUCAAUAUAUUUCAUAUCUCUUGGAUGGGUCAUUGUCGACUAACAAUGAAAAUUGUUACUCCAAUAAUAACAUGACGACGAUGAAUAAUUUGGAUAAUUAUCUUACGAGUCAACAACAACAUUCUUCAAGUUGGGGAAAUAAUAGAGACAUGGAUUUGAUGGAGAUGAUCAAUAGUUCUAAUCAUUCUCAAUUUACUUUCGGUGGAAGCAAUACUUCAAAUAUUAACCAAUUCUUCUUGUCUGUGGGAAUACGUCUCCACGUUCGGAUGAGGGAGUUUCCGUCAGUGAUAAUAUUGUUCCAGACUGUAUUUGCAUUGUUGGCGAAAAACAAUGUUGGCGAAAAAACACUUGAACGUAUUGGAGCUAAAGUCGUUGCCCUUGGUCUUUAUGAUGACGAAGUCCUUGACGUUGGUCCAUUCGUUUGGGAAAUUAAGGAGGCUCAUUGA